AUGUCUACUGUUGCCAAGGCUGCUGCCACCAAAUUGAACUGGGCCCAAGUUAUCAAAUCCUUAGGAUUGACUGGAUCCACUGCCUCAUCCUUGACUGCUUUCAAGAAGAGAAAUGACGAAGCUAAAAAGGAAAUACAAUCAUUAGAAGCACAAUCAACUCAAGUUGAUUUUGAUAAAUAUAAAUCAGUUUUGAAGAAUUCUGCUGUUGUUGAAGAAGUCAGAUCCAAGGUUCAAGCUUUCAAACCAGUUACUUAUGAUGUUUCUAAGACUUUGAAAACCAUUGAUGUUUUUGAAGCUAAAGCCAUUGAAAAUGCUAAAUUAACUGAAAAAUCAGUUUUAGAAGAAAUUGAACAAUUAAAUACUACUUUGAAAGAUAUCGAAGGUGCCAGACCAUUUGACCAAUUAACUGUUGAAGAUGUUGCUAAAGCAAGAUCUGAUUUAGAUGAAAAAGUUAAUUACAUGAUUAAGAACGGUAAAUGGGAAGUUCCAGGUUAUAAAGAAAAAUUCGGUGAUUUAACUGUUAUGUAA